AUGGUGAAUGACCGCGAACUUUAUGAUUUUUCAAAGCCAUUGACAAUUAAAUUUGGUAUUUAUCUCGCGAACGCAAGUAUAUUGAAAAAUCCAGGCGAAACCAAAACUUCAGGUUUGCGAUUUGAAGACUUCUUUGAUAACAGGGAUUUUAGUGACAUGAAGAUCAUCGUCCAAGGAACAAGCUUUCACGCGCACAAAAUCAUCCUGUCUAACGCAAGUUCAGUUUUCGCAGCCAUGUUUAGACAUUGGAUGACAGAAACACAGCAAGGCUCUGUACACAUCGAAGAUAUGACCAGUGAAGCAGCGAAGGAAAUGUUGCGGUUUAUUUACACAGGAAAAAUCGAGUUCACCGAAACGUGCAAGGAGGAGUUGCUUGCAGCUGCGAAAAAGUACGGUAUUUGGAGACUGAAGUUCAAGUGCGCGAGUUAUCUGUGCAAAACGAUAAAGAUCGACAACGCCGUCAAAUAUCUCGAGCUGGCGGAUUUGUACAGAAUCGAACAGCUCAAGAAGCUAGCUAUUAAGUUCGUAGUCGACAAUGGAAAGAAGAUGCUGGACGAGCCAGAUUUCAAUUCGUUGGUAGCUUUAUCUGCCGACGUGGUUACGGAUCUCCUUCGCACUUUGAUACCUGCAGUUAAAUAA